AUGGCUUUGCGAAAACAGGUCCUGGAAGUUAUUACGGAUUGUUUCAAGCGACAUGGAGCGGUAACGAUCGAUACGCCAGUCUUCGAACUGAGGGAUAUCCUGACCGGCAAAUAUGGUGAGGAGGGCAAUAAGCUGAUUUAUGAUUUGGCGGAUCAAGGAGGUGAAAUGCUCAGUCUGCGAUACGAUCUCACCGUUCGUGUUUUUUUCUUUUUUUUGAAAGUUGUUAUUAGUAUUGGAACGUUUCAGUCUUUCUGUAGAACGGAAGUGCACUCAUUCAGCAGGCAAACCAUAGAUUACCGUCUGCUUCACCUAGCUCACAUUCUUCGAAUUCUGGCGUAA